AUGUGUACAGUGGGACUCUCGCUGUCGCUUUGGGAGCAGUUUCCGCGCAAAGGUAUUGAUGGCAGCUAUCGAAAAGAAAUUCUAGGUACCUGGAACGAUGGAAUCUAUUCAACGGGGUCCGUUUUGACCAGAAUGUACGUCUUGCAACCUCCCUGGGGACCUGAAAUGGGUAUGGAGCACAACAAAACUUUCACAAUAUUGGGAAUGGUGAUGCAAACCAUUGAAGAAUUCUUUCUCAAUCUCUUCUCCGGCUCCAUGGAGCAAGAUGGGCUUAGGCAAAACAUUAAAUCAAAUACACAUUCAAUAUACGCCAGUGGGGAUGUGGUACAGGUUAUCUCGUCCUCAGGUUCAAAUAUUACCGACUACACAGGCAAGCAUGCUGAAAAACUCCGCUGUGCCGUGGAGAAUCUUUCCAAAGCGAUGUCCAAAUCAUUUCGAGACACUGCAUUGUCCAAGGAGAAAAACUCGACUGUCACAGGUAGGGUAAUGGUUAGCAAGACAUACAUUAUCAUACAUUGGCAGUGGAUUGCUCUUCCGGUUGUAGUGUGGCUGCUGGGUCUUUUCACUUUGAUAGGUGUUAUAUGGAAGACUCGAAAAUCUAUCGCUCCGACAUGGAAAAAUGAUGUGUUACCAUUCCUAUCCGUAUACGAAAGUAGUGAAAACGAAAAUACCGAAAUUGAUGGAAAGCUCUCGGAUAAGCAGAAAGUGAGAUUAUAUGAAAGUGAAGGCAGAAUACGGCUCGGGAUUUAG